GGCAGUGUUUGGUUUCCCUGGCAGCGGGGUAGGAGGAGCUUUGAGCUCUGCCACAUAGUCACACAACACGGAGCCAUCUGCGUUAGCGGUGAUAGCGGCUUAAACAGGCCCUGUGGCCAUGGCUAAAGACCCAUUAGCAGAGGCAGGCUUUUAUUUUGAUGAGCUCAACAAGCUACGGGUACUGGAGCCUGAUGUCAGCCAUAAGACCUCAGAGCUCAAGGAGGAGUGCAAAGAAUUUGUGGACAAAAUUGGACAGUUUCAGAAGAUAGUUGGAGGUCUGAUUGAGCUGGUAGAUGAGCUGGCAAAAGAAGCAGAGACAGAAAAGAUGAAGGCCAUUGGAGCAAGAAACCUGCUGAAGUCUGUGGCAAAGCAAAGGGAAGCCCAACAGCAGCAGCUUCAGGCUCUCAUCGCAGAGAAGAAGAUGCAACUUGAGAGGUAUCGUAUUGAGUAUGAAGCCUUGUCCAAAGUGGAGUCGGAGCAGAAUGAGUUCAUCGACCAGUUCAUUCUGCAGAAAUAAGGAUGUGACGAGGGAGAGCAGAAAAUGUGCGACUUCUGCAGCCACAUUUCCAGAGUGCCUGUCCUGUUUUCUCUGGGUGACGCCCACUUCAGAGAAUUACUCUGCUGCAGCUCCUUUUCUGAAGCAAUCCCAAAGCUCCAACUCCAUCCUGAGACAUCUUGACACCUCCUGUUUCAUUCGACAACCACUUCUAAUUCUGACACACUUGGAGUGUGAAGCAACAGCUAGCUCUGCCUCUGGACAGCAGGGGUUAGGAUUUACAGUGUUGUAAGCUUGAAUCUGUUUGGAAAGUUAAGUUCAUUUCACACCAGAUGUCUCACAUCAAAAUCUCAGACCAACAAAGAAGGAAGACAGAGCUAUUUAUAUAUAAAAGAACAUUAUUUAUACUAUUUAUACUGAAGAAUUACUCUGUAUAUCUAGUUUUUAUUACUUUUUGUAUCAAUUGAUAUACUGCAUGUUGCAUGAAUCUGUAAAUAAGUUUUGGUUUUAAAAAUACAAAAAGGAUUUGAUUCCAUCAUCUGUAGGUUUUUUUUUCCCCAUUCCUCUGGUACAACCACUCUGAGGGCACAGUACAUAAGAAAUACAUUCUCCUCUUUUUCAGAUACCUAUAUUCUUCUUUAUCUCUGUCAUAUGUAUCAUUGUCUCUCAUGCAUUAAUUUAGAUGACAAAUGGUUAUACUUGAAUAAAUACUGUAUAUUGCACAAUAAAAUAUGUCAUUUUUGCUGUCAAGAUGCUGGAGAGGCGAGGGAGCAAAUUUCAACAUUGUGCUGUUAUGUGUUGUUUUAAUAAAGAUUCCUUGAUAUCCAUAUA